AUGGCAUUACAAUGCAGUGAUCACAGUUAUCCAAACAAGACAAGGCGACUGGUGCAACCUACCAAAAAAGUUAAUUGCCCAGCCCAAAUGACAUUGCGGCAGAUAGUCUACUUCCCUGAAUUUAAGAUUACUGCUGACACAAGGACAUGUUCCAAAAGAGACCAGACAUCGAAGUCCCUGCGAAAAAGGCUUGAAGAAGGUAGUGGAACGGUUGAGUUUGAUCAUUGCAUAAAGUACGAAUUUCCGUCGCCAGAUAACCACCAGAACCAUCUGGGUGGUGAGGGUGCAGGCAUUCGUCAGCCAGUGGACGAGAGAAUCAUUUGGCAAAUUCAUUUCCUCGUGAGAGAGGGAGUGUCUAGAUGUUCUGAAAUGAUGCGCCACAUUGAGAUUUAUGUAAAAAACGAACUUUUCCGUGAUGAUGAAAUGCCCAGUAUUUUGGAUCGGCGAUUUUAUCCAACUCGCAAAGACAUACAAAGUCACAUAUACCGAGCCAAAAUCCAGUGUCGACUGUCCAAAUUAGAUCAGCAUAAUUUACAUUGA